UUCAGCGAAGGAGGCUCGUGACAUGGCGGAUACCGAGGAAGGCUUUGGGCUUCCAAACACGCCCGUGGAUCCGGAGUCGAAAGAGCUUCAGUCGGAAACCAAGCAAGACAGUCAGCUCGGGGCCAGCAGCAAGUCGCCUUCCUCUCCCCAAGCAGCUUUUACACAGCAGGGCAUGGAAGGGAUCAAGGUGUUUUUGCACGAGCGAGAACUGUGGCUAAAAUUUCACGAAGUGGGGACCGAAAUGAUUAUUACCAAAGCUGGAAGGCGUAUGUUCCCCAGUUACAAAGUGAAGGUCACUGGACUCAAUCCAAAAACUAAGUACAUACUGCUGAUGGAUAUUGUACCAGCUGAUGACCACAGAUACAAAUUCGCAGAUAAUAAAUGGUCAGUGACAGGGAAGGCAGAGCCUGCCAUGCCAGGCAGACUGUACGUGCACCCAGACUCACCAGCCACCGGGGCUCACUGGAUGAGACAGUUGGUUUCUUUCCAAAAACUCAAGCUCACCAACAACCACCUUGACCCAUUCGGACAUAUCACCCAGCUAAAGAUUGAAAACAAUCCUUUUGCUAAAGGCUUUCGAGGCAGUGAUGAUAUGGAGCUGCACAGAAUGUCACGAAUGCAAAGCAAAGAGUAUCCUGUGGUUCCUAGGAGCACGGUGAGACAAAAAGUGUCCUCUAACCACAGCCCUUUUAGUGGUGAGACCAGAGUUCUUUCCACCUCCUCCAACCUCAGCUCCCAGUACCAGUGUGAGAAUGGGGUCUCCAGCACCUCCCAGGACCUGCUACCACCUGCCAACCCAUACCCCAUCUCCCAGGAGCACAGUCAGAUCUACCACUGUACGAAGAGAAAAGAUGAGGAAUGUUCCACCACUGAGCAUCCAUACAAGAAAUCCUACAUGGAAACCUCACCAGCAGAAGAGGAUCCCUUCUACAGGUCCAGUUACUCCCAACAGCAAGGACUGAAUACCUCAUACAGGACUGAAUCUGCCCAGCGCCAAGCUUGUAUGUAUGCCAGCUCCGCUCCCCCAACAGACCCCGUGCCCAGCCUAGAGGACAUCAGUUGUAACACAUGGCCCACGGUGCCAUCUUACAGCAGCUGCACAGUGACUGCCAUGCAGCCUAUGGACAGGUUACCGUACCAGCAUUUUUCUGCCCAUUUCACCUCUGGUCCUCUGAUGCCCCGUCUCACCGGUGUGGCCAAUCACACAUCACCACAAAUAGGGGACACACACAGCAUGUUUCAGCACCAAACAUCUGUUUCUCACCAGCCCAUUGUCCGGCAGUGUGGACCUCAAACUGGCAUCCAGUCUCCCCCAAGCAGCUUACAGCCAGCAGAAUUCCUUUAUUCCCAUGGGGUGCCUAGAACCCUUUCACCCCACCAGUACCAUUCUGUUCAUGGGGUGGGCAUGGUGCCAGAGUGGAGUGAGAACAGCUAACAAGGAAAUAAGGGAAAUGCAAGAAAACAAGCCCUGAAAAAUUGAAAACCAACGUAUUAAAGCGAAAUGAAUAUUUUGCAAGACUCCUUUAACUGAAUGUUCACCAUUAGCACUCCAGAGAUGGACACUGAUCUGAUGAGCUGUUUGAAACCACAGAUUAAAUAGUAAUCAACCUCAUUGUGACUUUUUUCUUUUAUUUUGUUGCUAAGAAAAUCAACAAAAACGCACUUCCCCCACACCCCACUCCCCAGCCCUCCCUAGACACAUGCACACACAAUUUGUUACUGCCACAAAAACUUAAUUUCUUCUGUUUUUCUUGCUUUCAAGUGAAGACACAAU